AUGGUUUUCGCUUCGUGUCUGUCAUACCCAAUUUUCCACGGCACCACAAAUCGCACAGCUCGCGGUGACGAUAGUGUGGUUGAUCCCUCAAGACUUCUCCCAUCAUUGAUCUUCACUUUCCGCUGCCACUCAGUCUUGGAAGUCGACCGAAUAGCAUCAUUGAUGGAUCGAGAAUUGUGCGCUUACGAUCCCUGCAAAUGUCCAUCGGGGAUAACGCCUUAGCUGUCAGCGGGCGAAUCUGUCAGGCAGGGCACGUUGUCUCAGGGACGCUUCUGGUUCGUCGCUGGGAAUUAGUCCAGGGCAACCUCGCAACCUCUUCAGCCUUCACUGACACCGGACCAGCGCCAUAUCGGCACUGUUUGCAGUAUGGUUCACCCCAAGGGUAACAUCACUGUGGAUGAGCUGGGGCUACAUCGAGGCUCUCAUGCGCAAGCACCCUGCUAGUAGCGGGUAGCAUCCAAGAUACAGCACACCCGUCUUUCAGCCCACCCUGUUGCAGGCUUCUCGAACAAAGUGGCACCUGCAAGCGAUGGGCCCAGCGACAACAAGUGGUGAGAUGAUGAGGGCCGAGAGAUUCGAGCGAUGAAAUUUUGAGCCAACAGGCAUGGAGGACCGCACCAUCGUUCGGAGCCGGGUCCCCUGUUGCGGCCCCCUUCUUCUAGGUUGCACACUGCGUGCCUGUGGCCGGACGCCUAAUUGGCCAUGGACCAUGCGUUGCCCUUACUCAAAGCAAUGUGAAUUCUCUGAACCCUGACCGGCGUGGGCGAAAUCUCGUCGACUUGCAUCGAGUCGCCUCGUCCAAACCCACCCGCCAGGUGCAUGACGGGUCCACCCUUGGACUCGCCGACAGAAGAAAAAUGGCAGCCAGGUUCAACCCCAGGCCAAAGGUAUAUGUAGGACAGGUCUGCCGUGCUGGGUCUUGAGAAACCGUCUCUUCGCAAGCGUCUCUUGUAGCAAACAAGCAACUCUUGACUAUUCUUGGUCCUUGGACGACUUUUCUUGGGCAGACCCUGCGCACGCUUCUCAUCCAGUCGCUUGCCCACCAUGGCCACCAAGACAGCGGGCGGCAAUGCUGCCUUCCACAACUUCCAUAACGACUUCGCCCAUAUUCAAGACCCCAACGAGCGACGACGACUUGCUCUCGCCGAAAUCGACAAGGCUCCCUUUGGCUGGUACCAUGUCCGCGCCAUCGUUGUCGCCGGUAUUGGUUUCUUCACUGAUGCCUACGAUAUCUUCGCCAUCAACUUGGUCACCGCCAUGUUGGGUGUUGUUUACUGGCAAAAUGCUCCCAAGAACCCUGGCAAAAUCCCCUCCAACUCGGAUACAGCCAUCAAGGUCGCAACCUCCGGUGGUACCGUCCUCGGUCAAGUCGGCUUUGGCUGGGCUGCGGAUAUGGUCGGACGGAAACGGAUGUAUGGUCUGGAAUUGAUUGUCAUCAUUAUGGCCACCCUCGCCCAAGCUCUCUCGUCCGACUCUGCCGCCAUCUCGGUCGUGGGUCUCAUUAUCUUCUGGCGUGUCAUGAUGGGUAUCGGUAUCGGUGGUGACUACCCGCUGUCUUCGAUCAUCACUUCUGAAUUCGCUACUACCAAAUGGAGAGGUGCCAUGAUGGGUUCUGUGUUCGCCAUGCAGGGUAUCGGCCAGUUCUGUGCUGCCAUCAUUGCCUUGAUCGUCACCACUGGCUUCAAGGAGUCUCUCAUCACUGCCAAGACGGUCGACAGGUGCGACGGUGUCUGCCUGCUCGCCGUCGACAAGAUGUGGCGUGUCAUCAUCGGUUUCGGUGCCGUCCCCGGCUGCAUUGCCCUGUACUUCCGUCUCACCAUUCCCGAAACCCCUCGAUACACCUUCGAUGUGGCGCGUGACUCCGAGAAGGCCGUCGAAGACGUCAAGGCGUACAAGAUGGGCAAGCGCGAGGGCCACCCCGACGAAGUCAACCGAGCCGCCGUCCUGCAAGAUUCUCGUGCCCGCCUCGACCCUCCCAAGGCUUCGUGGCGCGACUUCUGGCGCCACUACGGCCAAUGGAAGCACGGCAAAGUCCUCAUUGGAACGGCAGGAUCGUGGUUCUUCCUCGAUGUCGCUUUCUACGGUCUCGGUCUCAACAACUCGAUCAUUCUCAGUGCCAUCGGUUACGCAUCCGGUAACAACGUGUACAAGAUCUUCCGCAACACCGCCAUUGGUAACUUGAUCAUUGUCUGCGCCGGCGCCAUUCCAGGCUACUGGGUUACGGUCGCCACUGUCGACACUAUCGGCCGCAAGCCUAUCCAGCUGAUGGGCUUCAUCCUCUUGACCAUCAUCUUUGUUAUUAUCGGUUUCGCGUACCACAAGCUGCACGAGGGCGGUCUUUUGGCCCUGUACGUCCUGGCGCAGUUCUUCUUCAACUUCGGCCCCAACGCCACCACCUUUAUCGUUCCCGGCGAGUGCUUCCCCACCCGCUACCGAUCGACCUCGCACGGCAUCUCUGCCGCCUCUGGCAAGGUUGGCGCCAUCAUCGCCCAGUGUGUGUUCGGUCCCUUGCGUACCCGCGGUCACCCGACCAAGGACAACCCGUCGCCAUGGCUCAACCACGUCAUGGAGAUUUUUGCUCUGUUCAUGUUGUGCGGUGUCUUUACUACGCUGUUGAUUCCCGAGACCAAGCGCAAGACUCUUGAGGAGCUGGCUGGCGAGGUUCCCGGCACCAAGAACUACGACCCCGAGACUGCCGGCCACCGCAGGGACUCGUACGUUGCGCCCUACCCGGCAUCGUCGUCGCCCGACGAGAUUGCCCAAGAAAAAACCACCACUGUUUAAACGAGCAUCCAAAUGGGAGGGUUUCUAGCAUCUGGCUCUUUGUGAACGAGCCGAAGGUUGUUUUCUCUUUUUGCACGAAAAACAUGGGUGGUUCCAGCAAGUCGACGUGCGCUUGUCGCCCGGUUCUGCAGGGGAUUUAACACGUUUGGAGUGAAUUUUCGCAAGCAGUGUAGAUUAAUAAUAGAAUUUGAAAAUACACACCACAGUACAAACAAACAAACAAGCAAGAAUUUUGCUAAUUACGCAUGGUA